AAAGUGGAAAGAAGGCACAUGCACCAGAGAUGGGCCUUGUGAGCACAAGCAAGAGAGGCCUCCGGCUAGAAAUCAGCCUGAUCCUUUUCCAUGUCGGUGUGGUGGGUGCCUGCACUGUGUCUGUGCUGCAGCCAGGUUACCUAGAGGUGGACUACGAUUCUGAGGCUGUCACUAUGGAGUGUACCUUUUCUACAACUGGAUGCUCUCCAGUGCAACCAAAAAGCUUGUGGUUUCGCUGUGGCACUCACCAGCCGGAAGCUCUGUGCUUGGAUGGAUGCAGAAAUGAGGCAGACAAGUUCACAGUGAAAGAAACCCUGGACCAGAACCGAGUCUCCCUCACUGUUAACAGGCUGAGUCCAAAUGACAGUGCAAUUUACCUCUGUGGAAUAGCAUUUGCCAAUGAAAAGGCACCGAGAGCUAAACAGACUGGAAAUGGGACUACACUGGUGGUGAGAGAAAGACUUUUCAGCAAGGAGGUGCACAGUCUCCUGAUUGUGCUCUUAGCACUGCUCUCUGUCUACGUCACCGGUGUAUGUGUGAUCUUCAUAGUCCUCUUCAAAUUGAAAUCUAACAGUCCAAGAAGCAGAGAAACCAAGGAAGACUCAAAAAAGAAGAGUGCUCGGCGUAUCUUUCAGGAAAUUGCUCAAGAAUUAUACCAUAAGAGAUAUGUGGAAACAGGUCACCAACCUGAGCAAGAUGGCACUUAUGAAAACAGAAAAGCACUCCCCAGUCCUGGAAGAUCAUAGAAGAGCUUACUGACAGUGCAACUCCAGAAUCUAUGGCAGUGUGAAUGGACAUACACCAAUCAAGACAACAUCCAAGAGAGCUGGGGUGUAGCUCAGGUGGCAGAGCGCUUGCCUAGUAGGCACAAGGUCCUAGCUUUGAUCCCCAGCACCACAGAAACUCAGCCAAGUGACACAAGCCUGUAUUCCCAACAUUGUGUAGUAUAAAAAGAGUCUGAAGUUCAAGGUCAUCCCUGAGUAUAGGAUGAACCUGAGGUCAGAGACACAUUAUCUUGUCUCAAAAACAACCAUCACCACCAAAAGAAAAGGACAGGACAAGUGGGAAACAGGCAGCUACAAAAGAAGGCAGAGCAGAAGCAGCUGUCACUAAUUGUAACUACAGAAUAUGAAAACCUCAAGAAAACUUAACUGGAAGACCUUUUUUCUAAUUUUCCAGUAACAGUCUAAGGAGCCUCAUUUUAAAGAAAAACUUUAUCUGAACAGUUUUUAAAAUUGUUACCAUGUGUAACUUGUCAGUCCACCCAACAUACUAGAUGUGUGAUGGCCGUUAACUGGGAGAAUGCUUCAAGUUAAACCACAGAUCUCAGUUCUGAGGGGGAAUAAAUACCUUCCUGAGUUGUAGAAAUGAUGAAACAGUUAGAAUCAAGUGAGAAGGACAAAAGGAGUAAAGAGAAGAACAAUUUCUGAGUAAGAGAAACUCAUUGUAAACAGUAUCUUGGAACAAAAAUGAUUUCUUCUGAUACUGUAAUGGAGCAGUGGGCAGUGAACAAUCUCCAGCUGAGGUAUACAAAACAACUUAAGUUGUACCACCAACAAAACAAUACUAAAAGAGACUAGAGGAAGACUCUAAACAGAGGAAACCCAAAGCCUAUCAGAAAAUGCCUCAGGAAUGCAGACAACUGACUCUAGAUGUCAGUGUGGUGCCAAAGAACUGCAGACCUAGUGAGCUUGAAAGAAGGGUCUGAUACAGCAAGGCCCUUACUAUCUCACAAAAGUGACUUGAGCCAGGCAUGGUGGCGCACACCUUUAGUCCUAACACUAAGGAGACAGAGGCAGGUGAAUUUCUGAGUUCGAGGCCAGCAUGAUCUAUAGAUAAAGUUCCAGGACAGCCAGGGCUGUUAUCAGAAAAAAAACUGUCUCAGAAAAAAGAGGGGUGGGAAGGGAGAAUGGUUUGACAUGGAUUGUUCUCUGAAUAUAAGUACCAACAAGCACACACUGCUCACUAACUCGAUCACAGUGUAUUAUCUAGUACAGUCGCUUCUAAACAGGUACUAAGUAUAAAUGGCACACACUCUUAUAACGCAGAUACAGUCUUCACACACUUCAAAGUCUCUUUGGAAGAGUCUGAAACUUGUGGCUCAAAUCAGUGCUAUCCUAAUAACAUGUGUCCCAAAAACUGGAAAGGAAGAAGUGAAUAACCUCAUUUUAUUUGCAUGCACUCAACGUGCACUCACACACAGACACUGUGUGAUGUGUGUGUGUGUAUGUGUGUGUGUAUAUAUGUUUGCAAUUUGUAUAUACAAAAGGAAUAAAAUAGUAGCAUACACAGCAGUAUGUUUUAGUCAGAUA